AUGGAUGAGAAGAUUGUCGCGCUGAAUCCCAACAGAGAUCACCCUCCCGAGGGCCCUCUCUCUGUUUUGGCCGCCUCUGUGAAGGACAACUCGCAAGUUCUGAUCAACUGCAGAAACAACCGGAAAGUGCUGGGGCGCGUGAAGGCCUUCGAUCGCCACUGCAACUUGGUCCUGACCGACGUACGUGAAAUGUGGACGGAAACUUCCAAGGGCGGCGGAAAGAAGAAAGUCCGAACGGUGAACAAAGACCGCUUCAUCUCCAAGUUGUUCCUCCGCGGAGACGCUGUCAUCCUGAUCCUCAGAAACCCCAAAUAA